AGUCUAUCUAAUCCUAUAACAAACUGCGGCAGACGCCCACGCGUGUCUCUUUCUCCCGACACGGGCGAGCCAUGAUGGUCCCGCCCUGACCAACAUGUCCUUCUUUGCACUGGUCGCGCCGCCGGCCCCGUCGAGCCUACAGGUCGGCGUCCGAGCCGUUCUCCGGGCCUCACAUCGACGACUUGCUGGAUCGAGUUCAGCCAUCUCCGUGAGACAACUACAUACGCCGGGGCUUGUGCGGCAUACACUCAAAGAGUCGCCAGAAGGGCACUCGUGGUCACCAUGGCGGGCUACCAGCCUUAGAUCCGACUCGGUCUCGAGAGCCACCGCUUCCCUCGGCCCACGAACACAAAUCCGAACGAUCUUCAAAUUCCGCGCCAUUACGCACUACAGCAAACUGCCGGCCGACUAUGAAGACGCCACGGGCAUACCAUUCCGCAAAGAGGACCUGUCACAGAGGGAGAUUAAUGACAUAUUCGGGCCACAUCUCAGGGCACAGGACGCGAACAACCUCUUGCGGAUCAUCCACGGCAGGCGGGUGGCGGGGACGCUGGAGGACCCGAGCCUGCAGGUCAACACUGCGCAGUACAAGACACAGGACAAGAUCAAGGCACUGCUCUAUCUGCGCAAGUACAUCCCUGUGGAUGAGGUCGCUAUGGCCGGCCUCCGGGCCGAGGACGAGCUGAAGGCCAUCGAAGCUGCGGAGCGAGACGGCGAGCACGGAGGAGAGGAGGCCGAGCACCAGCACGAGGAGACGAGCCCGCAGACCCGACCGACGGGGCGGAUACCGGAGGCGAAGCAGAAAGACACGUCCCCUUACGGUGAAGGCCACUUUGACCGCAUACGGAAGGCAAACAUUGCCAAGCGCGAGGCCGAGGAGAAGAGACUGGAGGAAGAGCGCCUGAAGCGCGAGGCGGAAGAGGCCAUAGGAAUCAGCGGGGUGCCAUCAACAGAACAGGCCAAGCCCAGGGAAGUGUCGCCGUGGAUGCAGAAGCAAGUUGAGAAAGCGACGUCAGACCUGCAGGCGCCGCCGGACCUGAGCGCGUGGCAGCGCCUGUGGCCCAUGGUAUUGACGGCAGUCCUCAUCUGUGCCGUCUCCGCGUUGCUCGCAGUCAACUACCAGCCUCCGAGGAGAGAGGCGCGACUAUUCCCAGACAUCCCGCCGGCGGCCGCGACGUGCCUGGGCCUCAUCGCCGCCAACUUCGCCAUCUGGGCGCUGUGGAAGAUACCGCCUGCAUGGCGGGUGCUCAACAAGUCCUUCCUCAUCAUCGCCGCGACGCCGCGGCCGCUGCAGCUCCUUGGUGCCAUGUUCUCGCAUCAAGUCAUGAGCCACAUGUUUAUGAACCUGGUGGGCCUGUGGUUCUUUGGAACGCGGCUCCACGACAACAUUGGCCGUGGGGACUUCCUCGCGCUGUACUUCUCGUGCGGCGCCGUGGGCUUCCUCGCCAGCUUGACAGACCUUGUCCUGCGGCGCGGGCUCGAGUUCACGACGCUGGGCGCCUCGGGCGCCGUGUACGGCCUGAUCGCGGCGUACUUUUGGCUGCACCGCUUCGACGAGUUCAAGCUCUUUGGGUAUCCGCCUGAUCCGACCUCGGGGCCGCCCGGCCUGGCAUUCCUGGGUCUCAUCAUGGGCAUACAUAUUGCGGGCCUGACAUCCAAGAAGGCGCGGGGCAUCGACCUGGUCUCGCACAUUGGCGGCAUGGCCAUGGGGAUCCUGGGGGCAGAGGCGAUCAAGCGGCACGCGGACUACAAGGCGAGGAUGCGGGCGCAGAGGAUGCAUGCUAGCACGCUGCUGGACCCUGUCAAGGCCGCUGGGAUGAGCAACAAGAGCUGAUCUGAGUGGAAGCCCAAGUCUUGUUGCAAGAUGGCUGCCAUAUAUCAAAUCGGCGUGAUAGUGACGUAGCACCCGUUUUUUUGAAGGGCUGCUUCUAUUCUACACCACCUUCAAAAGCUGGACCAAAGGCGCAGACAAGCCGAGAGGUUGCACGUAGAUAUGUGUAUUAUCUGUAUAAAUACAAAUCAUAGAAACAGGCAGACAACACGCGAGGAGGUGUCAUC